AUGUCUAAAAUAUUCAGAGGAUUGAGGAGGUUCCUUCAAGUCAGGUUACAUCAUAAACUUGUUUACCCUGCUUUAUCAUUUAAAAAAAUACCUCCAGUAAGAGGUACAACUUGUAGUAUUGGAUUUUCUCUACUUACAUUGAUUGGACUGGAGAAAAAACUGAAUGCUGAAGAUGAGUUAAUUUUAAUGAUAAAGCAUUGUAUUCUAUUCAUGCAAAGAUAUGAGUACGGAAAAGCGGAACAGCUACUUCAUGUUGCUUUAAGGCAGGCUCAACAAAUGAAGCAUGAGACAGGUGUUACUUACAUUUAUGAUGUAAUGGCAAACCUUGCACUACAAACAGAACGGCUUGAUCAAGCCAAAAAGUUGUUUGUGGAAGUCGCACAAAGACUAAUAGCCAAUGGUGUUAAUCAAGAAGAUAUAAGAAUUGUUCAAAUUAGCGUUAAGUUAGCAAGAGUGAGCCAUUUACAAAAAGAUUAUACAACAGCACAAUUAGGGUAUGACUGGUGCUUAGAAAGAAUUAGACAAGAGUACACUAAGAGUCCAUCUGAUGAUAACAAAAAGCUUUUAGCAAUGACAGAGGAUUGGUACGGCCGGCUAUUAGUUGAUUGUAGUAAAUACGAUCAUGGCUACAAGUAUAUGGUUAAUGCAUAUAAUAAAAUGAAGGAACUCAAAGACGUAGAUGCUGAACACCUUGUAGUCCAAUUAAAUGACAUAGGUACAGUUUGUGACCAAAUGGGUCAAGUGGAUGAAUGUAUAAACUAUGUUUCACAAGCUAUAGAUUUAGGAAAAACUGUUCCUGACAUGGAAGAUUUUGGUGCAAUUUAUGUCAAUCUUGGAAAAGCCUAUAUUAAAAAGCAAAUGUUAGAUACAGCACGGCGUUAUUGUGGGCAAGGUCUAAAGAUGGGGAUAUUGAGUAAAAAUAAUGAUAUUAAGGAAGAAGCUGAGAAAUGUAUAAGUGAAAUUAAAAAUUUUCUGCCUAACACAUAG